CCUUAUUAAAACAAAACAAAUCAACAUCAGCGAAUCGCGGCCCCCUUUACCCCCGUCCGCUCCUCCUCUGUCGUUGGCUCCGCGCCGCACCCCCCUUCAACCCCCCGCAGAUCGACGCCGCCUCCGAGAGCCGCCUCCGCCUCGUGCUACUGAGAGGGGAGCGCCACUCGCGGAAACCCCCGUGGAAACCUCCGCCGAGAGACGUAACCGCCGACGACGCGAUGGCCGCGUGACGGGCAUGUCGGCGGAGGAGGCGAGCGCAUCGGCGGAGGCGUCCGGGUCGACAGCGCUGGUGCCGGCCACGCUGGCGGCGGCGGCGACGGGCGCAAUGGGGGCGGAGGAGGCGGUUGCGAGGAAGCGGUACGAGGCGCUGUUGCAGGUGCGUGCCAAGGCGGUUAAGGGCAAGGGCGCGUGGUACUGGAGCCACCUGGAGCCCGUCCUGGUGCCGCCGCCGGGCUCCGGGGUGCCGCCCAAGGCCGCCAGGCUGCGCUGCUCGCUCUGCGCCUCCACGUUCUCGGCGUCCAACCCGUCGCGCACCGCCACCGAGCACCUCAAGCGCGGCGCCUGCCCCAAUUUCGAGGCGCCGCCGCCGCAGCAGCAGUUGGUGACCGUGUCCGCGGCGGCGGCGGCGUCUUCGAUCGUGCCCAUAUCAUCCAUCCCUCCUCCGCCGUCGUCUAUGCGCAGGCACUCCACUGGUGGCGGCGGUGGGCGGAAGAGGCACGCGCUGGCCGCCGCGGCCUCGCAGCAGCAGUUGGUGGUGGUGGCUGACCCGGCCACCACCGCGUAUUCCUCGACACCGCCCGCGUUGCCGGCGCCCUCGCCAAGGCUGCAGGCGCUGUCCGGUGGCAGGGCUGACCUGAGCGCGCUGGCCCGGCUGGAGGACAGCGUGAAGCGGCUCAAGUCACCCGUCGCGUCGCCGGGGGCCAUGCUUCCGCGGCAGCAGGCCGAGUCCGCGCUUUCGUUGCUCGCCGACUGGUUCCUCGAGUCCUCCGGCAGCGCGUCGCUCUCGGCGGUGGAGCACCCGAAACUGAAGGAAUUCCUGCGUCAGGUUGGGCUGCCGGAGAUAUCGCGAGCGGAACUCGCCGGUCCCCGCCUCGGUGCGCGCUUCGCCGAGGCCCGUGCUGACGCCGCCGCGCGCUUCCGGGAGGCGCACUUCUUCCAGCUCGCGGCCGACGGAUGGCGCGAGCCGGUGAUCACCCUCUCCGUCAACCUGCCCAACGGCACCUCCGUGUUUCACCGCGCCGUUCCAAUGCCGGUGCCGUCGUCGGGCUUCGCCGAGGAAUUGCUGCUGGACGCUGCGUCAUCCGUGGCUGCCCCCGCCGACCUCCGGCAUUGCGCCGGCAUAGUCGCAGACCGCUUCAGCUCCAAGGCGCUGCGUCAUCUCGAGAGCAAACACCAUUGGAUGGUGAACCUUCCUUGUCAAGUCCAUGGCUUGUCACGCCUGCUGAUGGACCUGGCGCGCGAGCUCCCACUCUUCCAUUCCGCUGUGGCAAAUUCCGCCAAGGUGGCCACCUACGUGAACACCAUGCCUGCCGUGCGCGCGAUUCUGCACAAGCAUCAAGUCCAGGAGCAAGGACACGCCUUCCUCCUCCCCGUUGCCGCUGCUGCGCCAAACAGUGGCAGCGAAUACACCGCGGCGUGCACGAUGCUUGAGAGCAUCCUGUCCUCGGCUCGGCCGCUCCAGCUUGCCGUGCUGGAGGAGUCCUACAAGCUCGUCUGCAACGAUGACCCUGCCGCGAGGGAAAUCGGUGACAUGGUGCAGAAUGUGGCGUUCUGGAACGAGGUGGAGGCGGCGCAUUCGCUCGUGAAGCUGAUCAUGGACAUGGUGAAGGAGAUGGAAGCCGAGAGGCCACUCGUCGGGCAAUGCCUGCCACUCUGGGAAGAUCUCCGCAGCAAAGUCAGAGGCUGGUGCCACAAAUUCAACAUCGAAGAGGGCACCGCCAUGAAUGUGGUCGAGAGGAGGUUCCGGAAGAACUACCGUCCGGCAUGGGCAGCAGCAUUCAUCCUGGACCCGCUGUAUCUGAUCAAGGAUGCCAGCGGGAGGUACCUUCCGCCGUUCAACUACCUGACACCGGAGCAGGGGAAGGAUGUGGACAGGCUAAUCACGAGGCUAGUUUCGCCGGAGGAGGCACACCUUGCGCUGAUGGAGUUGAUGAAAUGGAGGUCGGAGGGGCUGGAUUCCUUGUACGCUCAGGCAGUGCAGGUCCGGCAGCCUGACCCUUCCACGGGGAAGAUGAAGAUUGCAAAUAAGCAGAGCAGCCGGCUCGUCUGGGAAACGUGCCUAAGUGAGCUCAAGUCGCUCGGAAAAGUGGCCGUGAGGCUCAUCUUCCUCCAUGCAACUGCCAAGGGAUUCAAAUGCACGCCGGCGAUGGCGCGCUGGCUGACAACGAGCGCUCCGGGGAGUUCGGCCGGUGGCGCUAGCCGUGCGCACCGGCUUGUGUUCAUCGCGGCCAAUUCGAAACUGGAGAGGAGAGAUUUCUCCAACGAGGACGACAAGGACGUGGAGCUGCUCAGGGCAGGAGACGAUGACAUGCUAACGGAGAUUGCCAACGUGGAUCCCUCCUCCUCUGUGUAGCAUUCUUGCAUAAUUUGCUUCUUGUGCAUUUGCUAUUAGCAUCUGUAGGCUUUGAUCCUUAGGAAUUGUUAGAUUCUUUUUCCCCUUGUUUUCUCUUGUGCCCCCCAUUUUGCUAGUUCUUGCUCCCUCUCUUGUUUUGGUUGGGUCGGGAGUAGGGGCAUGAGACGGAGAUUUGCACCCUAUUAAUGCUUAAUCAAUAAAUUACUCUCUCCUGUCAGAUGUGUUAGUUCUGUUAGACCCUGAAAUACUUAGAAAUCUGAAUCAA